AUGGCCUUCUUUGGACGCGGUCAGAUUUGCCGGGACAACGGUGUGAAGAAGCGCAACGCCAUCAAUAUCGGGACAAAUAGAAACCCUCCAAACGGGAGUGGCCAAGUGGUGGCGAACGGAGGCAAUUCUGACAUCGGGAUUCCCAUAUACACGGCUCCAAAACUAUUAAUAACGAACGGACCAAUGCGCAUCGAAGAAUCGAUCGCAACAGUCACUAGGAUGAAAACCUAUCCUGCACCACGUAGUCGUGGUCGCGAAUCCAGCCAGGAAAAUAUCCCGCAGACCCGCAGUCCUGUAAAUCAAGGUCAGCGGUGUACUGUCGUGCGCAGACACAGUGCACGCUGUUCGUGCAAUUGA